GUUGCAGCAGGACGCUCCUUAGCCGCCCGAAAUUCGUUGUAAUCAGUACGCUCACAGGUCUCGGUGAGUGCGGAGAGGUUGCUGCUGAGCACAGGCAACUAGAGAGAGGUGUUGCAGAUCCCAGACCGAAAGCGAGAGUGACACGAUAACAUGGCAAGUACAAGUCGGGUUCCUGUCAUGGCGGUGUGUCUGCUGCUGCAAAUCCUGGCCAGCUUGGCCGCGUGCGACUCGGGCCGCAGCGAGGAGAAGGUUGGAGGUCGCGAGGUAAUGAUGGCAGUGCCCCGAAGUGCGUUGCUGGACCGUCUUCACUUAUCAACGCGACCUAAUUCCAAGCCGCUGCAGACCAAACACCCCGACGCGAAUCAUAGGCGACGGAAAGGGUUCCAGGAAGAGAAUCUGGUUUUAGAGGAAAGGAAUUCAGAUCCUGCAAAAAUCCAUAGAGAGGAGGAUGUAGUGCAAGAACUAGCAAACUUGCAAGCAAUUUUGGCGAAUCAGGUUGAGGAGGACAGCAGGGGUUUCGACGUGCCCUUGCCUCUUCCCGAGAUGAAGGAGAAAUAUACUCGCCGCUCCUUUCUCAACCUGGUGCCACUCUACCUACCGGACGCGCAGAGGGCCAACGCCGAGUGCCGCAGAGACCUGUUGGCACUCUAUCGGAGUUUAAUCGUCCUGGAGGAAUUGGUCAAGAAUGGGACAAUGUGGCCUUUACAAAUGGUUGACUCGUGGGGGAAGUUCGCAGACGGGAUGCUGGUCGGCAACCUUAAUCUCAUGGGUUUCUUCAGGGAGUGUGUGCGCAUCUCCGUGACACAGGACGAUGCUGACUUCAGGGGACAGUACUGCUUCCUCUCCUACGGAGCUUCCAAGAACACCAGCAACGUAACGGACGAGCGGCAGGACCUCCGCACGCCGAUGCUGUCCACGAUGAUGCAUCCGUCCCUCCCCACCACCUACGCCACCUGCAUGCCCUCCACCUGCACACGAGACGAACUCAGGGACACUGUGAAUGAAGCCUUGGCACCUGCGGGGUACGAGCUGACUUUGGUACAGUGUCAGGUGGAACACCCUCAGCGUGCCUUCUCGGCGGACGAAAUAUUUGGCAUAGUAUUUUUCUCAGUCUUGGCGGCCGUGUUGGUCAUAGCAACGUUCCUGGAUGUGUGGAGCGAAUGCUUUCAACAGCAGACACUUCGGAAAGGUCCUGCCAAGUACCUGCUGGUGUUCUCCGUCAGCCACAACCUGCAGAAGCUCUUCCACCUGGACACGUCGAAGAACCCUGGCGUCAUCUCUUGCCUACAUGGGAUCAGGUUUCUGUCCAUAUGCUGGGUCGUGUUGGGUCAUCAGUAUGCUUAUUCUGUUUAUCUGGCGUCUAAUCCCCUCGAAUUACCUGAGCUGGCGAAACCCGCUGCUUUCCAGAUCAUCGCUAACGGAGACCUGAGUGUCGACACCUUUUUCCUUAUGAGCGGGACACUAGUAUGCCUCAGUGUGUUGAAGCAGAUGUCCCAGGCGGGGAAAUUCAACGCGGCUCUUUACUACCUGCACAGAAUUACCAGGCUCCUGCCCCCCAUCGCCAUGGCCGACGCGUUCCUGGCCACGGUGUCCGGCCUCCUAGUGACAGGUCCUCUCGCUGAGCUGUACCGUAGUUUCUACCUCAAAGGCUGUCGUCACUCCUGGUGGAUGGACGUCACCUUCAUCAGUAACCUGUUGUUCCCGCACCUCGCUGACAUGGGGAAGACGAACGAGGGAGCAACCUGCCUACCGCAAUGUUGGUACACAGGCGUCGACACACAACUGUACAUACUGAUGCCGCUAGUUCUGCUCCCGCUCUAUUAUCGAAAAAAGCAAGGACGCCUCUGGUUGGCCUUCUGGACGGCCGCCUCCCUCGCCGUUCCUGGUGCUAUAGUCGGCGCGUACGACCUGUGGCCCGCCAGCAUGCUUUCGUCAGACACCGAAGCAAGUUUACAGUACAACUACAAGGUGUAUCUAACGCCAUGGUGCCGAGCUAGCCCGUACCUGGUGGGACUCUGGACAGGCUACAUCCUUCAUACAGCAAAGAAUUCUCCCGAAUACAGAAAACUUACGGCUAGUCAAGUGUGGGCGGGAUGGGCGGCGGCGAUAGGCGUGGCCUUGGCUGUUGUGUUCGGCAUAGCGCGGUACAACGACCCAUCGCCCGGCACCCCGCAGAUGACGCUGGCGGAGGCGGUGUUGUAUGGCGCCCUGCAUAGGGCGGCCUGGGCAGCAGCGGUAGCAUGGGUGAUUGUUGCUUGCCACUGGGGUUAUGGAGGUCCGGUAGACUGGUUCCUUUCCCAUCCAUGUUGGCAGCCCUUAAGUCGUCUCACAUACUGUAUCUACCUCACAUCUCUACCGAUACAAUUUGCUCUCCAGUAUUCUACAAUGCGGCCACACUACUACACAAAUCUUGCUAAGAUACAAGAGACAUGCGGUGUACUUUUCAUCGUGAUCUUAGUAUCCGUUGCCCUUACGCUGGUCUCGGAGGCGCCAAUCCUAGGCCUUGAGAAACUUCUUUUAAGACCUUCGGCACCAAAGAGUCAACAUGAGACACCGGCAACUAUAAUGCCAGAUGAGCUGUCAUCUGUUAGCAGUGCUAAUACCGAGGAAUGUUCAGCGUGUGCACAAAGUGAGGAUAGUCCUCGUUGUGAUCAAGUACCUGGUAACUCUUGAGUCUGGAAUCAGUGAGCUUCAAUAAUGGCAAGGAAAUUGAUGAACAUGGACAACAAAUACUUAUGAAUAAAGAUUCUCAAUAUAUUCUAUUUAAUUGUAAUAGUUCAGCGAAAUAAAAAAAAAAAUAAUUA